GCGGCGGUCUGGAGGAGCCGCGCAGCCGCCGCCGCCGCCCGGCGCCCGAGGAGAGGGCGGCGGGCGCCCCCCGGGGAAGAUGAAGGCGGAGGGGGGCGACCACUCCAUGAUCAACCUGUCGGUGCAGCAGGUCCUGAGCCUCUGGGCCCACGGGACGGUGCUGAGGAACCUCACGGAGAUGUGGUAUUGGAUCUUCCUCUGGGCUCUCUUCUCCUCUCUGUUUGUCCAUGGUGCUGCAGGAGUCCUGAUGUUUGUGAUGCUCCAGAGGCAUAGGCAGGGAAGAGUAAUCUCUGUCAUUGCAGUCAGCAUCGGAUUUCUGGCUUCUGUAACUGGAGCGAUGAUUACUAGUGCAGCAGUGGCGGGCAUCUACAGAGUAGCUGGGAAGAACAUGGCCCCUUUGGAAGCACUGGUAUGGGGAGUCGGCCAGACUGUACUGACAUUAAUCAUCUCCUUUUCAAGAAUUCUCGCAACACUUUGAGGUUUCUUUGGGAAUGUCUUAAUUUACAUAGGGAAACAGAUGUACAGGUUCCCUGAAAAUGGCAUCGUUAACCAGUGCAAAUAAAGUUGUUCAAGAAUGUGAACCAAGCAGGAGAAAACAAAAGGAAGACCUUGAGCUGUGUGGAAAGAUCGCCCUCUGGUGUUCGAGUGAUUGCACUACCGCACUGCACCUUACGUGCCUCCGUCCCAGGCAAGGUGCACUGAGACCCUAUGGAAGCUACAAGAAAAAGCACCUUGUUUAGCUGCCAAUCAGGUUAACAUUGGUGUUGAAAUCAUCGUUCUUAACAGUGUUGUGUUAAGUUACCAGGGACGUUUUGAGGAAUUUAUAUAUGUGCCAAACUCCUUUCUUUUUGUUAACAUUGAUCAUGUGACAAUUUGCAAGUGUAGAUGUAGAUGAGUGCUGUGAACAUAUUUGACAUGAAUUCAGGUGAUGUAGUAAGAUUUUUGUUUUGUAAUACUAAAUCCCGUAUGAGUGCUACAUACUGAAUCAUUUAAUAUGAGAGAAAUUAUUUGGUUUUUAAUGUUGAGCAUUUCUGGGGUUUAGGGCUUUAAUGUGUUUAGGCAUUAUUAUUUAAUUUAUGUCGAAAAUAACAGUCUUCUUCAUCGAAGACUAGCUAAACUGUUUUAAGGACUCAAAGUAGAUCUAUAGGGUGCAUACUUUUCACUAACUUAAAUAACACCCUUGUAAUAAUUUCCCUCAUGCAUAA